GAAAAAAAAAAAACAAUUUCAAAUUCUCGAAAAUGGAUAUGUCAGAGAUAGCAAAGAGACUGGGUCUCUCCGAUUCCAAAUAUCUCGUCCGCAAAGCCGCCGAGCUCCGCCGCCUCGCCGACAUUCAAUUCGAUUCCUCCAUUAUCGGCGUUGGCGAAACAUGUAAGGCCGUGAUCUGCCUAGAAAUCGCCGCUUCCAGGAUGGAUAUUAUAUUCGAUCGACAAACUGCGAUUAAGUUGAGCGGGCUUUCCGAGAAAGCGUACAAUAGAUCUUUCAAUUCAAUGCAGAACAGCAUCGGUGUUAAGAACAAGCUUGAUAUAAGAGAAUUGGCUAUUCAAUUUGGAUGCGUUCGACUAAUCCCUUUUGUUCACAAGGGGAUCUCCUUGUUUAAAGACCGGUUUCUUGCUUCGUUGCCUAUCUCUCGUAGGGCUAGUACUGAUUUCGCUCGACCGGUUUUUACUGCAGCAGCAUUUUACCUUUGCGCCAAAAAACAUAAGCUCAAGGCGGACAAAAUUAAGUUAAUUGAACUCGCCGGCACAUCAGAAUCGGAAUUUGCUAACGUAACUACUUCAAUGAUGGACCUAUGCUUUGAUGUAUUCGGUAUAGCUAAGGAAAAAAAGGAUUCUAAAAAAAUUCAAGGAAACCGAGAGCUUCUAGAUGCAUUACCCGAAAAGAGGAGGCUUGUGGAUGGAGGCUAUUCUUCUAGUGAUGGGGAGGAAGAGGGUUCGGCGUACAAGAAGCGCAAGAAAAUGGAGAAACACGAUCUUGACGAGUGGAAAGCUGCUGUUCUAAAGUCGAAUAAACUAAGCAAAACUAGUGGCAAGCAAACGAAACUCAAACAAGGGACACUCGAUUUUCUGAAGAAGGUUCCUUGAAACUACAGCAGAGGUUGUCUCCAUUUUUUGUCACCUGCAAAGGCUUUUGAUUUAUUCAUAAACUUUUCGAGGAGGAAACUGCACUCGAAUUAUGUCGGAUUAUCGAAAGACAGUUGACAGUAAAUAACAUUUUUGUUCAGUAGUUUUGAUUUUUUCGUGGUUUAAAGAAAUGUAAUCACAUAGGAUUGAAAUAAAUUUAAUAUGUUUUUAAUAA